AUGGCUUUGCCGUUCGCGAAACCUGAAGACGUGGAAGCAUACUACGAUCGUCUUGUUCAACACUUCCGUGUUCAAUUAGGCCGUGACGCUGCUCGUCUGAUGGGUCCAAUGAUUGAGUACAUGGAUCGAACUUGGAUUGGUCCACGUGGCAUCUCACCCGGAGAACCCAGUAGGACAGCGUUGUUUGAUACAGAUUUUUGGAAUUGCCGUCAGUACACCGUACAAGAUUUGCCAAGAACCAACAAUCAUGUCGAAGCAUGGCAUAACGCUAUCCAGCAAACUAUUCGCCAACAUCACCUCACUAUUGAGGUACUGAUCAAGAAACUGAAGCAAGAGGAAGCAUUGCCAACUUGGACAUCGCACAUGCCAUUGCCGGAAACGUCCCUUCCUUCAUGCGUCCGAAAGCAUUUUUUACUCUUAAUUAUAAUUACAGUUUUUAUCAGUCUAUAAUUCCGAUCCGAUCGCUUUUCUGUCAGGCGUUGCUAACAACAUUGCAUAAUAAUUUUUUUAAGUUUUUUAGUUUAUUUUCUUUCCUUCAGUUUCGUAUUACAAAUAUUAUGUUUGUAUAUUUCGUUUUUGAUUUUUUCCCUAAAAUAAAUAUUCAAUACAGUACUUAUUGGAGUCUUUUACUUAUCAGGCAAAAAAAAGUUGAAUCAAGGAAAAAGAAUUAAAAUGAAGUUUUCAACCAAAAUUAGAAAAUAAAAUAAAAAAAUUGUUAAUUUUAAAAUGUUUUCAUCAUUCUUGCCUCUCUGGAACUGUUUCUGGAUUUAAUUUAUACGAUUUUGGGGGUAUUACGUAACCUCCCCCGAAAUCCCCUCUCCAAAGUUAUCCUCCCCCAAAGUGAGCGCCCCCAAAUAGAUUCUCCCCCAAAAAGAGCUUCUCCAAAGUGAGGUCUCACAAAGUUCCUGAUCCCCCGAUAUCUCUCUAAUGCCGAUACAUUUUUAGACUACAGCCAGUAGCGAGCCCCAACGUUCUCGACCAUUAAUCAGCAAUGCUUUGGUGAGUUUUUUUUCUUUUUUGUAAACUUUUAUGUAAAUUAUGUUAUUUUAAUAUUACUGUAUUUAUGCAAUUUUUACAGACGAAUGCCAUUGUACCGCUACCACAAUAUCGAAUAAGAAAAUCGAAUUUCGAAUCGGAAUCCGAUGCUACAAGAUCCGAGAACGCAGAUUCUAGAAGCAGUGGAUUUAGAUCAAAGGGAAAGGAAAAGAAGAGUGACCAUGCUUCUGGCAUUCAUCUCAAUGCUACAGUAAACGGCGUUCUCAUCCAAUUACAAAUAGAGCUGGAAGUGCACCAAAAGAGAAGAAAAGGUACUAUUAAGGACGUGGAACUCUUCAUGGCUGAGCAAUGUGUAGCCAAUAACGAUCGUAGAAGAGGUUAG